UGAGGCCUCCGUGCGGGUCGUGGUGAACCAACAGGUGUUUCGAGUUCGGCUGCAGCAGUACCGGUUUCCUUCGUUCUCUAGUGGUGUUUACGCUGGUGCCUUUCACUGACGAAUAUACGUCGCCGAAGUUAUUUGUGGUACACUUGCCGUGAAGGAAACAUAAUAUGAUGUCGGAGACUGUUGUGACGAUGGACGGUUCCAGCAACAACGCCAGCAAUAAUCCUCGCCAGGUACCCACUGUGAAGACGGAACCGGGUCAACCAAAUUUUCUGGCAGGCAUUAGAUUAAACGUACCCUACUUCAGGACCAUACCCGGUCUCAUUAAGCUCGUGCAAGUGGCUCUGGGCAUAUUAUGCAUGGCAUGCGCAUCUCCGGCACGAGUGGGCGCAACCCAUUGGUUUCUAUUCGUCGCCGUAACAGCGUUCAUCGCCACUCUGUUGUGGUGUUUCGUUUAUUUGCUGUCCAUUCGAGAGGCGCUUAAAAUACCCAUCAACUGGAUUUUGACGGAGCUUUUGAACACCACGUCGUUUGCCGUCCUCUACAUGAUUGCCUUCAUCGCUCAAUUGUCUGUCUGGAGCGCGGUACAUAAUCAUUCUGGUGUUCCGUCGAAUAUCGCUGCCGGGGUAUUCGGUAUCUUGAACACGCUCGCGUACGCCGCUGGAGCGUAUUUCCUGUACGUAGAGUGGAAGAGCAGCAACACGCAGUGAAGAAGAUCGGUACUCGAAGAGACGCCAGAUACCUGAAGAGCAACUCUAUGGCGGGGCUACUACACUUGGGGUUCUCGCGGUCCGUCGGUCUACGGCCAGAAAUCAACAACCACGAACACGGUCUUAAACACUAUCGAAUCCAGAGAAAUCGAUGGUUCGGAAGAAGCUAGUCCAACGUGACCCCUCCCCGAUCGUGUGUCGUAGCUUAACGAGAAGAGACUCUAUUAAAUUAUGUGCCUUAAGAUAUAGCCGGUUCGGCUACGCGUUUCGAUCGGUCUCGUCGUCGACCUCGAAGCAGCAAAAAUUACGUCUUACUAUAUAAUUACUUAUAUAUAUAUUGCUGGACGACCACGAGAACGUCGAACGACCGAUAAAACGAAUAGUAAGUUAAACAGAUUUUUGCACGUGCCUAGGGCGGGUCGUUGCGCCGACGUAACACCAAAACGACUGUACGCGAACUUUGUGAAUAUUUUUUCACACGCCGUUCAGUGUUUCUCGCGAUACAAAUAGUUGUAGUCGACGAGGAUGUUAGCUACGGUUGUUUUGUAAAAAUCGCGCCCCAUGGUCGAUAAGGUCCAUAUUGGACGUCGAUCCGUUCGGGCGUUUUUCGAGACUUAUCAAUUUGCAAAUGAAUAUUCUCCCGGUCGUUGGUAAAUACGCAUAUCUCAUGCAGCACUGUUUCCAUCCAGUUAACUUCUAAUCGUACCUUUUUUUCGCACUAUCGCGAGUUUUUAUUUAUAUGUAUACACAAAUUAUAUAUAUACAUACAUACAUUUAUAUAUACAUAUAUAUAUAUAUAUAUAUAUAUCUAUUUUACGAAGAUAAUAUAUUUGCACAAAUCGAAUGCAGUUCAUCGUCUUUGUUUUUUUUUUUUUCUUUUAUUAUUAUCUUUCACUCAUACGUAAAGAGCACCUCUGUAUUUCGCAUUCGUCGAUAUAAGCGUAAGAAAGGAGAGUCGAUCACUACAUAAAUUUAUGUUUGCAAAUAUAUUGUAUUCUCUUUUGCGCGCAUUAUCAUCAAAAUACAUACACGAUCGCUUACGAUUCGUCGCGUUUCGACGUCAACAUCGAAAUGUAAAUACGUGAGCUAAGAAUAGGUAAAAUUUCGAACAAUUUUCACUUUCGUUACACGACGUAUGACGCAGUGGAGAUCGAACGUAGCGCAUUUUAUUUUAUUCCCCCCCCCAAUCAUGGUAACAAGCAACAUCGAAUGACGCGUUUGUUCAAGAAAUUGUGUUUUCUCCGACACUGUUGUUCGUUAAGGAUUGUCAAUAUUUGUUACGUGUCGUUAAUCAUGUACAAAGAUAUGUACACGUAUGUGCGUUUGAAUCAUUUUCUUUCUUUUUGGAAAAUAUCAUUUAUUGUUAAGAUGUGGAUGAUUAAUAAAACAAUGCCAAGUUCAAUGUGUAUACCUAUUAUCGCAUCGUCUACUACGGGGUUAGAGUUAUAGUAAAAUUAAUUAUGAUCAAAUUUCUUUCGUAAAAUGAAACUUUAAGCGAGGUUAAAGAUGC